AUGAAGUGUUUGCCAAUUUUUAUUUCUAUUAUAGCAUUAUGUGCUGGUAAUGCAAUACCCUUUGUGCCUGGGGAUAAUAGUCAUUACGUGGAAGGUGUAAGCCGCUACGUAUGGAUACCUGAUGGAGAUGGCGUACCCCGCCUAGUGGACUUGGAGGAGCCAGUCGACGAGGAACUCCUAAGAAAUAGAAAUGGCGCACACAAUCAAUACUGGCUGUUCACAAGAUCAAACCCCACCAACCAUCAAGUCAUUGUACAUGGUAACGCAAAUACAAUCAGUAACUCGAACUACAACGCAAAUCGACCCAUUUUCGUUACUGUUCAUGGAUGGACCAACGAUGGAAACAGUUGGAUGAACCCUCUUAUUACAUCAGCCUUACUCGCUGUUCAAGACGCAAACGUCAUUGUCGUUGAUUGGGGUGCAGUUGCCGGCGCUAACUACAUUAGCGCCGUUAGUGGCGUUCCCAGUGUUGGCCAACACCUUGGUAACUUCUUAAUAUGGCUCAUCAACACUGCUGGCGGCAAUUGGAACAAUGUUCACUUGAUUGGCUUCAGCUUAGGAGCACACGUAGUCGGCAACGCUGGCCGUACUGCUGGAGGCCUACCUGCUCGUGUUACUGGAUUGGAUCCCGCCGGACCUCUAUGGCAUAGUAACUCAAACGCUUUGAACCGUAAUGCCGGGCGGUAUGUAGAAUCCAUUCAUACCGACGGCCGUCUCCUUGGUAUUAUGAAUGCGAUCUCUGAUGCUGAUUUCUACCCCAACGGUGGUAGAAACCCACAACCUGGUUGCUUAACAAGCUCGUGCUCGCAUGGACGUGCGCCUGAACUUUUUGCAUCGAGUGUUCUGACAAACCACUUUGUAGGCAGAUUGUGCCCAAAUAUCUACGAAGCCGAGCAAUGUACAUGUAGCGGUGCUGCAUUUAACAUGGGCAACGCAAUCAUGAACAAACAAGGAAGCGGCAUCUACGCGCUACGAACCGGCAGCUCUUGGCCUUUUUAG